AUGCGGCUACAUAAGCUACCUUUGGUGCUUGCCGCUGCUCUCCUUUUCCUAGCCGAGGGCAUUGCCGCCCAAGGACAAGGAGAGCAAAACCAGAACCCUUUGGCCAUCUACCCUGUCUGCGCUCAAAACUGCAUUAUCGGGGCCUUUACCAACACCACCUUUUGUCCAAACCCCUUGGACCAAACAUGUACCUGUGAGAAUGCGGGAUUCAACGAGUUUAUGACAAACUGCGUGUUGCAGGCUUGCUCCCUGAGAGAAGCCCUCACCACGCACAACAUCUCAAGCAUUGGGUGCGGACGUCAACCGAACGACCGGUCCCAUGACAUGAUGCGCGAGACCAUCGCAAUGCUGACUACCUCAUGUGUGGUUGUCGCGGCGCGCAUCAUCUUCAAGCUCUUCGCCCGCGGCCAGACGAUUUGGUACGAUGACUACGCCAUUGUAUUCCUGCUGCUGUUUGGCGGCAUCCCCAGCAUGUGCAUUACCGUGGCCGUGCUCGCCCCGGCCGGCCUCGGGCGUGACAUAUGGUCGCUGCCGUUUGAAAACAUCGACACCAUCUUCCGCUGGGCCUUCAUCUCGGGCGUUCUGUACUUCCCCCAGGUGGCCAUGCUCAAGCUCACCUUCCUCUUCUUUUACCUGCGCAUCUUCCCCAGCCGCCGGACCAAGCAGCUCAUCUGGGCCACCAUCGUCUUCUGCUGCUUGUUCGGAUUUGUCUUCUUCUUUGUCGCCAUUUUCACCUGCGCGCCCAUCGAAUACUGGUGGGUCUGGGACGGUUCCCCGGGCGGCCAGUGUCUCAGCAAGGACGGUAUUCAAUGGAGCAGUGCCAUCAUCAGCAUCGUGGUCGAUGUGUGGAUGAUAGCCAUACCGCUGUGGAAUGUGCGGAAACUCAAGCUGCACUGGAAGAAGAAGCUCGGGGUGGCAGCCAUGUUUCUGGUCGGAUCAUUCGUCACCAUCGUAUGCUGCGUCCGCCUUUUCUUUCUCCACAGCAUCAGCACGUCGACAAACCCCACCCAGGUGCUGUUUGAUAUUAUCCGGUGGUCAACCAUUGAGGGCUUCACCAGCGCAGUCUGCGCCUGCAUGCCCGCUCUGCGCCAGAUGCUGGUUCGCGUCUUCCCCAAGGCUCUCGGCACCGGGACCAACAAGGCUGCCUCGUCGGCCUACAUCCUCUACAAGGACAACAGCGCGCUCCGCUCGGCCCCGGUCAUGAGGUCCGAGGUCCAGGUAGAUGUCGACCAAGCCGCGGCCUCUGGUGUCAAGCCUGGUCACUAUUGGUCCGUUAAUUCUUCCGGCAAAGAGCGAACCAGAAGUGACGAAGAGGAUCUUAUCAUUCAAUACCCGGGCCAGAUUGCCAUGACGCCAUUUGCACCGGAGCGAGUGGAGAGCUCCCAUAGCGGACGGUAG